UAUUAUGUACCAAACAGUUACGAAAAGCGUGUUCGUUCAGCCUAUCCAAACGUGCGGUAGCCGCCAGCCAGAGUCGUGCGUAGCUUCGGCCGAGUUUAGCUACUUGUCCGAAGUUGUAACAAGUUUCUGCUCCAUAGCGGACGUAGGAAUUGUGCCGUGUAAAGUGGAUUUUAAAAUAUAAAAUUAAAGAUUCAAGAUGCCAAGAUAGGCAGGGAUAUUUCAAACAACAGAAAGUCUCAAAAACAUGGAAAAAAUGAUAAAUAAGAAUCUCAUCACCUUAAAAUGCGUCCUCUUCUGUUUUCUCUCAGGGGUGGGCUGCAUUUUUCCCUUUCUUCCGCUGCACAUGCUUUCAGUGGGAUUGGAUAAAGGCGAAGCUCGUUUGAUUUCUGCUGUUUCACCAUGCAUCGCUUUGCUAGGUCCAGCUAUAGUGGGACCACUUAUCGACAAAUUAUCAGUAGGCAGGGGAUCGACGGGCGGAAGCGCUGGUAACAGCGGAUCAGGUCGACUACUGCGCAUCGUAACAGCAACAUGCCUUAUACUCAGUACUAUCUUCUAUUCUUUACUUCUCACUGUACCAUACACGGAAAGACAUGAGGCUCGUCGGCCUCAAGUUCUGUUCAUGUGUAAUGCGGACAGCGCGUACGUCAUGCAAGAAGUUUGCAAAGAGGACAUGCGUUGCAAUCGUUGGUCAGGUGAGAAGUCAGGAGUACUAGCAGUUGGAUCUUGUGAAUACGGCUGCGCUGAUCCGAACAUGACUUGGAUCCGCCAGCCAUUCACCACCACGUCGACAACCACUACGUUAAGACCCAUGUACAACACACUGGUUAACGCUUCGGCACAGACAAAUGGCUCCGUUGACGAAGCCGCUCGUGAGAAAACUCACUUCGAUUUAAACCCGCCUCACCUGUGUUACAACGGUGAAUGUAAUGUCUACAUGCAACAUGUUGCACGUCUGCGUAUCCCGUUGUCCUUGAUCGCGCCGGAUCCGCCCGAGGACAACUCUACUGCUGACUCUAACUGGUGCACUUAUCAGACAGCUGGUCCAUCAAAGUGCUUGGUUCCGCCAGAACGAUUAGCUGAGAUGAACCAAGACGAUGAUUGCACCCCGGCAGUAAGGUGUCAAGUCCUUGACCCAUACGAUGAACCUGAUGGUGUCUUAGCGGAUGCUGAAUGUAGACUUGUAAUAGGAGAUCCAACUUCAUCAUUUUGGGCUUAUUUUAUUCUCAGAUCUAUCGCAGACAUAUGGCCGACUGCCGCAUUAGCCCUACUCAGUACAGCGUGUGUGAUAGCAACUCGCGAGACCUCGUUGGGUCGAGGUGACGUUGGCAGACAAAUCGCCUUCGGUACACUGGGACUGGCUAUCUUCCCGCCGCUGGCCGGACUAGCCGCUGAUCAAAUGCCCGACACCCCAUAUCUUGUUCCGUUUAUUCUACACGCAAUCUUCAUGAUAUUGGCUGCCUUAAUAUUAGUAUUUGACAGUCACAUGCCACUAUCGACGCCGGAAUGGUGGUGGCACACGGCGACAGGAGUGUUGGCCCUGCCCAUGAAUGUGGUGCGCCGGUAUGGAGCCGAGACUGCUGCAGUUUUUGUUGUGGUAGCUCUACUGGGCAUUCUGUGGAGCGGCAUCGACGCAUAUCUUCCGUGGACCGUUGAGGAGAUGAACGGCACAUAUACUGAAGUGGGGUUGACGCUGACCGCGGGCGCACUUCCAGCCGUGCCGGCGCUCUGGUGGGCCGAAGCACUUGUAGACUACAUUGGACACUCCAAUGUAUUCAUCUUAGCUUUUACAUUUUACGGACUUCGAUACACUGGUUUAGCUAGCAGUAAUGAAUACAGUUUGGUGGCAGUCUGUGAAAUAUUGGAAGUGUUUACACUUAGUUUGGUUUGGGUGACUGCAAUACUAUACUUCCGUCACUUGAUUCCUCGCAAGUACACUACUACAGGACAAGCACUACCAGUCAUCGCUCAUUUCUGUUUAGGACGCUGCAUUGGAGCCAUUAUUAGUGGGAUGGUGUCGUUACAGCUGCAAUCUGCCCGUGUAACGUAUGAAGCCCUUGGUGUAGUUUCCUUGUUGGUAGCAGCUAUAUAUUUGACACUCUAUCAUUUGUUACUUGCCCCGCGAUGUGCAGCUCAAGCAGUCUCUCCGCCUCAACAUUUAUUACAGGGUGAGUAUUCAUUCAAUUUAAUUCGAUUCAUUAGUCAAUCUGUACAUAUAAAUAUAAUUGGAGUGUCUGUUUGUAAUAUUAAAAUAACCGCUUUUUACUACAUGCAUAUGAAUAUAUAUACGGUACAUACACCAAAAUAGCAUUUUUUACAAUUUUUGUUUGUCUGUCUGUCUGUCUGUUUGUUCCGGCUAAUCUCUGGGACGGCUGGACCGAUUUUGACGGGACUUUCACUGACAGGUAGCUGAUGAUGUAAGGAGUAACUUAGGCUACUUUUUUUAGACUAGCUUCGCCCCGCGGCGUCACCCGCGGUACGACAAUAACCGCGGGUAACAUCGCGGGACUCAACUAUCAAUAAUAAAAUUUAAUGUUUCCGAGGCGAAGCGAGGGCGGGUCGCUAGUAUCAAAUAAUUUGUGAAACUUACAAACAAAUGAAAAUAAAGUAUUUUCGAUAAUAUCAGUCUAUAAAAAUAUACUGUACUACUAAACCGUAUUGUAUGACUUUUGAAUUUAAUGUCAUGAUGAAAUAUCAUUGUUUGUUCCGAAAGCUUCCACAGUGGAUGGACUUCUUGAUGCAAAAGGUAAACUAGAUUUUACUGUUCCAAGUUGAUUUGUUGACAAAUGUAUAUUAAUAAUAAAUAUUCUUUCAGGACUAAAUACCAACGGAGCAUCGAAUGGUACAUAUUCUCCGAUGCGGGUCUACCAUGAGGAGAGAUCGCGCAAAGGACACUUCCGUUACUAAGUCACUACUAGUACUACACUAUAUACCUACCUACUCUAUAACACAGUAAAAAAAAUCGGUUGUCUGUAAAGUCGGUUUACUGACGAUAAUUGAACGUGACAACGUCAUAAGAAAAUACUGAUGGAAUGGUUUAAUUUUUCAAUUAUUGCAAUUAUCGUAGCUAUAAACAAUUGACACCACAUUCACUUUUCACUGAGCUUCAUACUUGACGAAAACAUGUACGCCUCAGAGCGAGGUAACGCCGCACGAGUCAUGUUUUUUCGUGCGUGCAGCCGGCUCCAUCGAAUUAUAAGACGUUGUCACGUCAAAAACAGACAAGUGUCUUUUUUUGUGUAGCGAUACCGAUCUUAGCAUAUGUACACACAAAGAUUUGUCCGGGCUAACAAAAUGUCAUCACAGAGGUCCGACUGUAUUAAGGCCCUUACCGUAGCCGCAUUUAGACACAGUUAAAUAUUGCGCUACUAUUGCCUAAAUGAAGUGCUUUUUCAUUUUAAUUAGAUAACUAGAUUUGUUGUUAUAUAUGUAUAACUCAGAUAAUAAAUUCAUCUUUAAAAUAAAAUUAUUUGUAAUAAUGGGUCACUUGUGGACAUUUUCAUGAAUUUAAUUAUAAUUAUAAAAAAACCACGAGAACCGUUUAUAUUGUAAGUACACAAUUUAAACUACUUUAUUUUAAAUAUACACUAUAAUUUUAGUAAUCGUGACAGCCCUACAAUUAUUGAGUAAAGUCUCCCAAGAGACAUACUCGUCUGUUGCUUUAAUUUUUAAUUUUUUACAUACCUAUAGAUUAAGUGAUGCAUAAAAGCAUUGAAAUUAUUUCAUAAGUGCUCUUUUUAAUUUUCUAUAAUAAUCAUGCCUAGCAUAAUCUCUAAAAUUGAUGACGAAGACGAAUUGUGAUAUCUAAUAAUUGUGCUUUUUUACUAAUGUUCAAUGUCAAUUGUUUGCAUUUAAAUGUAUUUUUUUUUAUAUUUUAAUAAACGACCAGUCUUAAAA